CUGGAGAGAGCGAGGACGGAUUCUCCGAGAGAAGAACUCGCCUCGGCGGUAGUGUCAGCUUGAGGGAAUCGGUUCUGGCUCCACGUUUACGCUUUCCUCGCUCCUCUCAGCUCCAGGCGAGGGACUCUGCCCUGAACCGCUUCUCACAGCCGCUUUUAGAGUUUUACCCACCCCAUGGCCGAAUACUCUUACGUGAAGUCCACCAAACUCGUCCUCAAGGGAACGAAGGCUAAGAGUAAAAAGAAGAAGAACAAAGAUAAGAAAAGAAAAAGAGAGGAGGAUGAAGAAACACAGCUUGAUAUCAUUGGAAUCUGGUGGACAGUGACAAACUUUGGUGAAAUCUCAGGAACCAUUGCCAUUGAGAUGGAUCAAGGAGCCUACAUACAUGCACUCGACAAUGGUCUGUUUACACUGGGAGCUCCCCAUAGAGAAGUUGAUGAGGGCCCUAGUCCUCCAGAGCAGUUUACAGCUGUCAAACUUUCUGAUUCCAGAAUCGCUCUGAAAUCUGGGUAUGGAAAAUACCUUGGUAUAAAUUCAGAUGGACUUGUUGUUGGGCGAUCAGAUGCCAUUGGGCCGAGAGAACAGUGGGAGCCCGUCUUCCAAGAUGGGAAAAUGGCUCUGUUAGCCUCAAAUAGCUGCUUUAUUAGAUGCAAUGAAGCAGGUGAUAUAGAAGCAAAAAGUAAAACAGCAGGAGAGGAAGAAAUGAUAAAGAUCCGAUCCUGUGCUGAAAGAGAAACCAAGAAAACAGAUGACAUUCCAGAAGAAGACAAAGGGAAUAUUAAACAGUGUGAAGUCAAUUACGUAAAGAAAUUCCAGAGUUUCCAAGACCACAAACUUAAAAUAAGUAAAGAAGACAAUAAAAUCCUUAAAAAGGCUCGGAAAGAUGGGUUUUUGCAUGAGACUCUUCUGGACAGGAGAGCCAAACUGAAAGCUGAUCGAUACUGCAAGUGACAAGUAUUUUUGUUUCCAUCUUACCCUAUUGUAUUUUUCUGAAUAAAAUGUUCAGUAGAAGUU